GUUUUGACACAUAAAAUUCAAAGAUGAAUAAACAGCGGACGGAGGCGCUGGCGGCGGCGGGGCCGGAGCAAGCAGAGGUUUGGCGGCCUCACCUGUCCCCAUUCACCAGCGGCGACUGGCGGUGGUGGGCAGUGCAUCAGGUGGAGAGAACCGCUGCCAGGAAUGAAUCUGAAGUCUGCUGCAGUAAAACACUGAAGGCUUUAAAAUGUUUUCUUGCAUAAAACUCAAACUUAAAGUAGCUGCUUAAUGAGGAUAGGGAAGGCAGGAAGCUAAUGUCUGUCUCAAGAUACAGGACAGCUGUUUGCUCGUCAACCUCAACUGUGUGUGAAACAGAGGAACAUGGCUCAAGAAACUAAUCACAGCCAAGUGCCUAUGCUUUGUUCCACUGGCUGCGGAUUUUAUGGAAACCCUCGUACAAAUGGCAUGUGUUCAGUAUGCUAUAAAGAACGUCUUCAAAGACAGAAUAGUAGUAAUGGUAGAAUAAGUCCCCCUGCAACUUCUGUCAGUAGUCUGUCUGAAUCUUUACCAGUUCAGUGCACAGAUGGCAGUGUCCCAGAAGUUCAGUCAACGUUAGACUCUACGUCUUCAUCUAUGCAGCCAAGCCCUGUAUCAAAUCAGUCACUUUUAUCAGAAUCUGUAGCAUCUUCCCAAGUGGACAGUACAUCUGUGGACAAAGCAGUACCUGAAACAGAAGAUCUGCAAGGACCCAGAGCAGAGGGCCUUGUUCCUCUUGAAUGUGAUCCUCCAUCUUCAGUAUCAGAUACGGCACAUCAGCCAUCAGAAGAGCAAAGCAAGUCUCUUGAAAAACCAAAACAAAAGAAGAAUCGCUGUUUCGUGUGCAGGAAGAAAGUGGGACUUACUGGGUUUGAAUGCCGGUGUGGAAAUGUUUACUGUGGUGUACACCGUUACUCAGAUGUACACAAUUGCUCUUACAAUUACAAAGCUGAUGCUGCUGAGAAAAUCAGAAAAGAAAAUCCAGUAGUUGUUGGCGAAAAGAUCCAGAAGAUUUGAACUCCUGCUGGAAUACAAAAUCCUUUGACCAUCUGCAAACUAAAAAUUGACUUGAGCUUUUUUUUCCUAGUCAUUGGGAAUGUAGAGCAAUGUAUCUUGCAUAGACCUUUUAAUCAUGCAUGUCAUCAAAAGAAUAGAUUUUUGUUUUUGUUUUGAAAAUGACUCUGAACAUUUAUUUCCAUUGCAGUUUCUGUGGCUGAAAAGACUUAAGUAAACUUUACAAGUAUUAUCCUUUUAAGAUCAUUUUAAUUUUAGUUGAGUGCAGAGGGCUUUUUAUAACAAACAUGGAGAAAUUUUGGAGGGCUGUGAUUUUUCCAGUAUUAAACAUGCAUGCGUUAAUCUUGCUGUUUAUUUUCUCAAUG